AUGGGAUUUGACCACCUGGUCUUGAGGAGGAAUCUGUCGCUGGAAAUCGAACGGCUAACUUUUUUUUACAGAAGUCCAUUUCAUCCGGAGGUCAUUGCUGUGAAGAGAGUGGUUGCUGUUGAAGGAGAUGUGGUCAGGACUCAAAAGCCGUAUCCGGUACCAACCGUCAAGAUACCGCAGGGCCAUGUUUGGGUCGUGGGAGAUGGGCCGCCUGGCUCGAGCUUGGAUAGUAAUACGUAUGGACCUGUGUCGAAGAGGCUGUUGACAGGGAGAGUCACGCACAUUGUUUAUCCGUUCAGGAAGUUUGGGCAGGUGAAGUGGUGGGAGCAUGAGAGGAAGUUGGUGGAAUGA